CAUUAUAGUUGGUGCAACACUAUUAAGCUUUACUUCAUGUGGGUUGCAUAACUUUGACGACUUCUAUAGUGCUUAGGAGGAUUGGCGGCUGACUGCUUCGGUCUUCCUCGGCUCUGAAAUCCACGUAGUGCUUUGUCAGUAGUUGUCUCUAUUUGCCUUAUCAAGUUCUUGGGUGCAACUUUGGAUGGUUUCAUAGUGAAGUGGAGAAGCCAUGCGCAAUCAUAAUUGAAAAACAACUAAUCUUGACAAUUCAAACAAAUUUGAACCUUGCAAGUAAAAUCUUCAUGUUCUGAUGUGAUAUUCUUGGUUGGUUCUGUUGCUGCAAAAUAUGAUCAUCAAUAAGCAUGGUCCUGCUUUCUUUAGUCUACAUGGUAGUUUGACUAUAUGCCCCAUAAUAUAGAGGGUUCUUCCAGUUCCAGCUCCUUCUCUUUUGAAGUCAGUAAGUAUUUGAAAGAUGGCUUCUGAGCUUGUCAACACGGCAACAAGCAAUAAAUUGACAGAAAUGGAUUGGACGAAGAACAUCGAGAUCUGUGAGUUAGUUGCUCGUGAUUCAGGGGUAUCAAAAGAUAUUAUUAAGACCAUCAAAAAACGACUGCAGAGUAAACAUUCAAAUGCACAACUCUAUGCAGUCAUGUUGUUGGAGAUGCUGAUGAACAAUAUUGGAGAACCUAUUCAUAAGCAAGUCAUUGAGUUGGGGAUUCUCCCUAUUCUUGUGAAGAUAGUUAAGAAAAAGACUGACUUGCCAGUACGAGAGAGGAUAUUUCUCCUUCUAGAUGCCACACAGACAUCCCUUGGUGGUGCUUCUGGGAAGUUUCCUCAAUAUUAUUCUGCAUUUUAUGACCUUGUGAGUUCUGGAGUUCGGUUUCCCCAGAGGUCUCUGUCCUUAUUGUCAGACAAUGCUCCUGCACAAGUUGUGAGGAGAUCCUCAGGUCAUCCUACUGCAGAAGCAAAUAAAAAGAGUCCUUCUGGCAGGGAGCCAGCAUCUAGUGGACAGGAUGGGUUUGCUCAGCAAUCAGGCACAUGUUCUGUCUCUGAAUUGAGUGUUGUUCAGAAGGCCCGUAAUGCAUCAGAGGUUCUGAAGGACGUACUUGAUGCUGUUGAUGCUCGACAUCCUGAGAUUGCAAAAGAUGAGUUCACACUUGAUCUCGUGGAGCAGUGUUCUUUCCAAAAACAACAAAUGAUGCGUCUUGUGAUGACUUCUAGGGAUGAGAAGGUGGUUUCUCAAGCAAUCGAGUUAAAUGAGCAGCUUCAAAAUGUUCUUGCACGACAUGAUGCUCUCCUCUUGGGUAGGUCUGGCACACCAGCCAGUCAUGUUAAUUAUAAAGAGAUUGAGGAAGAGGAAGACGAACAGCUUUUUCGAAGGUUACGAAAAGGAAAAUCUUGUGUCAGGCCUGAAGAUGAAGAGGGGAUAGUGCAAAGGCCAUUGGACCUGUUCGGAUCAUAUGUUCCUGGAGAAAUACCGUACCGUCCACUUAUACUGUCUCCAUCUUCAGUGGUAUCUGGGGAAUCCAAUGGGCAGGGUCCACCUGUGGCAAUCCCUCCUCCACCAGCAAAACACGUUGAGAGGGUAAAAUUUUUUGAAGAAAACAAGUCGGAUAGUUCUGGUGCAGCUGGACACAUGAGGGGGCUGUCAUUACAUAGUCGAAAUGCCAGCAGUUCACUUAGUGGAAGCGUCUAUUCCAGUGACUGAUGGGACACUGAUCUAUUUUCAUGCUUCGGUCUGAGAUGGGUGCAAACUCUGCCGUCAUCUGGUGUGGAGCUAUAUACUUCUUUCUGAACCCCGGCUCAUGGAUGUAUGCAAGUUGCUCCUUUGUAUUGGCAACAAGAACACAAUGACUUGGUGAUAUGGGCUAUUCAUCAGUCAAGCGUCUCUCACUGCGUUGUGUAGUCCACGAUGCAGGUAAUUGCAUUGGGGGAGAGCUUUGGAUGUUACCAAAUCCUAUAUAUAUAUACGGUUAUGUGAUCAGCGUUUGCCUU